AGUGUAGCCCUAUCAGUGCCACCUCUCAGUGUCCAUCAAUGCCACCUGUCAUUGCCCAUCAAUGCCACAUAUUAGUGCCCAUCUGAGCUGCCUUCAGUGCCAACUAUCAGUGCCACCUUUUAGUGCCAGUCAGUGCCGCCUAUGAGUGCUGCCAAUCAGUGCCAGUCAAUGCAACCUAUCAGUGCCCGUCAGUGCUGCCUAUCAGUGCCAUCAGUGCCUCCUCAUCAGUGCCCAUCAGUGCAGCCUAUCAGUGCCCAUCACUGAAG